CAGAUAUCAACCUAAAAAUCAAACCCUUGCAACUAACAAAUCCCCAAUCUAUAACCCAAUCGCGCUUCAGUAACCUAGCUGCCCUGCUGCGGCGACUCCCUCCUCCCACAACAGCUCGCCGCGCCUGGUUUUUGCCAUCGUCACCCUCUUCUCCGUGAAAUCAGCCAUUCCCUCGCUGACGCAUCUAGCGAUUCCGUUCUCUCCUCUCGAUUUUGGCUGGCCGGAGCUGAUAACAUUCCUCAGAUUCAGUCAUCCAGCCGCACUUGGGCCUUAGACAGGAAUCAACAUGAAAGUCAAAAUAUUAAAAUGGCACGCGGUGGCUUCGUGGACAUGGGACGCUCAGGAUGAGACCUGCGGAAUAUGCAGAAUGGCAUUCGAUGGCUGCUGUCCCGAUUGUAAGUUUCCCGGCGACGACUGCCCACUGAUUUGGGGAGCCUGCAACCAUGCUUUCCACCUUCACUGCAUACUGAAAUGGGUGAACUCACAAACAACACAGCCUCACUGUCCGAUGUGCCGCCGAGAGUGGCAAUUCAAAGCCUAAGCAAUGUUGAGGUCGUUUAUUAGUCAGACUCGAAAGAUUUGUGUUUGACUUGAUGAAUGAAUUGAAUAUGAGCUAUUUAUUAAGCCGUGAAUGGCAAAAGUAUUUGGGUAAUGGUAACAAUAAACAUGCAAGCAAUGCGUGCAUUAGGGCUGUGUAUGGCAAAUGUGCAAGCUCGAAGCUAUCUGCUACGACAAACUUGAAAGAAUUGAAAUUGUAAAUUGGGUUGUAAAUGAGCCUGAGAUUGAGCGAGCGCAGGUUUGGCCCAUGUUUGGCUUGUUCAAAAUUUGAUAUGUGUUCGAAAUUGCUUAUGAACUGUGUACUCGCGUUUGCUUGAUUUGCAUAUUAUUGUUCAUGUUUGCCUCAAAAUGAUUUCU